GCAGCGCCAGGGCGGGGCCGUGCGUCCGGCUCCUUAGUCCCCGGCGGCGGCGCGGCUCGGCUCGGCUCGGCUUGGCUCCGCUCCCCUCCCCCAUCGGCACCAUGGGCACCCGCGACGACGAGUACGACUAUCUCUUCAAAGUUGUCUUGAUUGGAGACUCUGGAGUAGGCAAGAGUAACCUUUUGUCUCGAUUUACCCGCAAUGAGUUUAACUUGGAAAGCAAAAGCACCAUUGGAGUGGAGUUUGCCACAAGAAGUAUUCAGGUUGAUGGGAAGACAAUAAAGGCGCAGAUAUGGGACACAGCAGGACAGGAACGAUACCGAGCCAUAACGUCCGCAUACUACCGUGGGGCUGUUGGGGCUUUGUUGGUUUAUGAUAUUGCCAAGCACCUUACGUAUGAAAACGUGGAGCGAUGGUUGAAAGAACUGCGAGACCAUGCUGACAGCAACAUCGUCAUUAUGCUUGUGGGGAACAAGAGCGACUUGCGUCACCUGAGAGCAGUCCCAACGGAUGAGGCUAGAGCUUUUGCAGAAAAGAAUGGCUUGUCAUUUAUUGAGACAUCCGCUUUGGACUCAACAAAUGUGGAGGCUGCUUUCCAGACUAUUCUGACAGAGAUCUACCGCAUCGUUUCUCAGAAGCAAAUGUCAGACAGACGUGAAAACGACAUGUCUCCAAGCAACAACGUGGUUCCCAUCCAUGUCCCACCGACCACUGAAAACAAACCAAAGAUGCAGUGCUGCCAGAAUAUAUAAGAAUUGUUUGUUCUUUCCUAAAAGGCUGUGUAUAUUCCCCAGGUCCAAGAUUUAAAUAUAUUUGUAAUUCUUGUGGUUACUUUUUUUUGUUGUUGUGUUCAGUUACUUUUUCUUCCUCCUGAAUUUCUCCAUGUCUUAAAUGUGUUGAUUUCAGUGUUUAAAAAAAUCAUUCAUUGCUUCAAGUGGCUGCAGCAUUUUUUUACGACGCCAGUAUGUAAGUCUUGGCUUGAAAAUUGUUUGGAAUAUUAACUGAUCACUUUUCCAACAAGAUGGCCACUGGUUGGAGUUUGAGAGUGCCAUUUAGUAAUCUGACUCAAAAAGGGUCAUUCUUGUCCUUCCUAAAUAAUUAUUGGCAUGUUAACCAAGUGAAUAUCUCUGGGCAGGACAAAUGGCAUAAUUUUCCCUGCCUCAAGUUGCCGUCUUGCAUUCAAAGAAAUGCCCAUUGCUCCAAACUCAGUCAUCAUGCUACGUGGUUUGUUUAGUCCAAUGUUAUGGCUAAAAAACCCUGUCCAACAGGCAGCAGGCAUUUGGCUAUAUGCAAAGGCACUUGAGUUGCAGUGGCUUGGUGCAAAUGAGGUUGUCAGGUUGGCGAAUGCUGCUGUGAGACUGAAGCAGGAGAAAGUGGUGGAAGCCUAUUCACGGUGCCUCUUGGAAAAUACAAGACAAAGCAACAUGAGCUCAACAGCUGAAGCGCUUCACUCUAGUAUUGUGGUUUGCAGCAGCUGUGUUGCUUGCCCAGGAGCUGGCCUCCACAGUGGUAACGGUAUCAGAAUUUGGGAAUACACUUUCCUUCUGCACUAGAUACAACUUCCCUCAAGGUUUCUAUCGUGGACUCACGGUUUGAUCCCAGUGUUUGCAAACGUGUGGUACAAAGGGAUUGCUGAAGCUUCCCUGUUAGUAUCUAUUCUUCUGUCUGAUUGUCUGGGAUAGCUUCCUCACUGGGCACACUUUUUCACUAGACCACACUUCUGUACAAAUAAUUUGCCUAGACUGUUUAAGAAUGUGUGAAUUGUGCCUUCUGCCACUAUAUCUUGAAAGCGCUGCAUAAAUUAGUGUCUCAUCCCAAAAUUCUCCACGAAAAUAUCCAAGUGUUUUGGUUAUUGGCACUUAAACUCCUGCAGUGUUUAAUAAAACGCUGCGUAAAGCAGUAGGGGGAAAUGACUGUAUGGGGAAGGGAGUUGCUCAGAUGCUGAUAUAACCCACUUGGAACUUCUGUGUAAGGGCAUGCCCACGCUGCUGCACUUCUCUAGCCAACUCUCCUGUCUUGCGGUGCUCAUGAUGUGUAAGGCACACGGAAGGCAUUGCUGUAGUCGGUCAUUUGUUUUAAAUCCAUUUCUCCUUCCAAUCUCUGGGUUUGGGAGAUGUCACUUGAUCUGUUUGUAAAUUACUUUGUAUUUUAUGCAUGUACUGUAACUUGAUUUCGUUAUUUCUUUUUUUAGAUUGAUUUAAAAUAUAUUCACUCAUUAUUCUAAUAAAGAAUACGGGGGACUAUUU